UGGAAACUACGAGAGGAGAGUGACGGCUAUGCUUCUGCAUGGAAUGGACGGCUGUUCAUAAUUCGACAUAAACUUCCAUGAUCUCAACCCUGAAGCAAAUCCCCAGAUCACGAAGAAACCCCUGUUUUGAUCUGCAAUAGGAAAAGAAGCCCUGUUUUGCUCUGUAAACGCGAGUAAUUUAGCUCUCCGCCGCGCACACAAUAUUAUUCAUUUGGAGCUGAAGAAUCUGAUGGGGAGCAAGCAAUUGGAUUUAAAUCAGCCGUUUCUGUCGGUGAGGCGUGUUUCUUCGAUCGAAACAUCAUCAAAAGCGAACGAGCUAGCGAGAACGGAUAAUCGCUGGCUGCAUCUUCCUGUCUACAAGUCUGAAUUGAAAUCUGGGCCGGUAUCGAAUCCGGGGAGUGUUCCUUUUGUAUGGGAGCAUUCCCCAGGAAAGCCUAAGGAUGGUAGAGAAUCACAAACCAUAGGUUUGAUACCGCGUUCGGCUGCCCCGAAACAACCUCCGGGGACGUCUUCAGAUUCAAAUCAUCUUUGUAGCACAGGAGGAGGAGAUGAUUUCCAUUCUCAUAAAAGCAUUGUUAGAUUUAUGUCCUUGAGGGAGACGUUUGAGAGGGAUUCAAGUUUUGAUUCGGACAACGACGGUGACGGUGACGAGACUUAUCUCGAAGCAAACGACACCCUUUCGAGAUCUAAGUCAUUCUCGAUGAACUGUAGUGAAACUGGUUCGAGUGGAUUGGAUGGUGGUGAUGUUAAGCCAUCAGGAACGUUCUUAAAAGAUCAGCAAACUCAUGAGCUCAUGAUGGGAAGAUUCCUGCCUGCUGCCAAGUCAUUGGCUUCAGAAACAUCUCAAGUUGUUCAUCAUAGAAAGAAAAAUGUUCAAGGAGUGCAGCAGAGAGAAGCAAGAAAAAUUGUAGAAAUGGAUAUCGAGCACGGAGUAAAGUCGAUUCCAACGUUGUUGCCAUCGAAUUACGCUCCUCCGAAUACUCACGACGAAGAAACUAGCAAAGAUGAAGAUAUUGAUCUUGAUGAACCUGAAUACUCAGCUACUAAAGCUCGUCGGUUCCUCGCUCGUUUUUGCUUGAGUGGUUCCUUUGGCCUUCGGCAUCAUCGAGUUCCCGGGAUGAGAAGGCAACGCUCCGCAGCAGCUCGUGGAGUUCAUUUGGAUUCGUCUCCUCGACAUGUCCAGCCUUCAAAGGUUGAAGGUGAGACCAAAAGCUUGAGCUCUACAAGUAUGGAGUCUAGUGGUUCAUGUUCGUCUUGUUCCGAUGCAAACUCGAACCCGAAUGCUACAGUAUUAGGAAGCCUUCAUCAUGAAAAAUCAAGUCAAGAAGCAAUCUCAGAUGAUUCUUCUCAGGACUUUGUGUCAUUCACAAGUUCAGAAACUUCUAACAAAGUGCCAAAGGGAUCACAUGUUGAACAGAACACUAAAGGCCAUAACCAUUGUCACGAAGCCUCGGCUCGGGGAAGAACCGAUCUCGAAAGUGCUCGUUGCAGAAAAAGUUCUGUGCCCAUUUCUUCACAACGUGAGCUUUCUCCUCCUCUACCAAGAUCCCCAUCGGAGUCUUGGCUUAAGCGCACGUUGUCCACCAUUGUCUUGAAGCUCGACUCGACUUGACGACGAAGUCUACUCUGGCUGCUCACAAACAAGGUAAAACAUUGUAUUUCUGGAAUUGGUCAUCAAGAUCACAAUUGUUCAUGAUCUUCAGCCACUUCGUCAUAAAGGAAAAAGGAAAGAAUUCAACAACUUAGGUUGAUUGUAAAUAUUUUCUGCAAUAAAAAUAUAUUUCUCGUUGCGAGAAAA